AUGUCGGCCUCCAGUGCCCCGCAACCCGUGAAGCUCUCACUUCCUCUUGUCUACCAACAGAAACUGUUUGAAGAGCUUCGCAAAGAAGAUGAGCUUGUCAUUCUCGCCCGAGGCCUCGGUCUCAUGCGCCUCAUCACCAACCUGCUUCACUCGUAUGAUGCCGCAGGAAACAACCUGAUUGUGGUUGUCAACGCUGAUGACAGAGAGAAUGCCUGGAUUGGUGAGGCCCUGGCCGAGCAUGCCGCUAUCAGCAUGUCUCCCAAGGCCCGGGGCUUGACCGUCGUCAACACGGACUUUACCAGUGUCGGGACAAGAGAGAAGAUGUAUGCCCAGGGCGGCAUCUUUAGCAUCACGUCGCGCAUCUUGGUCGUCGACUUGUUGACAAACCUCCUGAACCCGGAGACCAUCACGGGCAUGCUUGUCCUCCACGCGGAUCGCAUAGUUGCCACUUCGCUCGAGGCCUUCAUCCUCAGGAUAUACCGCCAAAAGAACAAGGUUGGCUUUCUCAAGGCCUUUUCAGAUAACCCGGAUCCCUUCACAGUAGGCUUCUCGCCACUGGCUACCAUGAUGAGAAAUAUGUUUCUCCGAAAGGCUUCACUCUGGCCUCGGUUUCAUGUCCAGGUCGCUCAAUCCUUGGAGGGAAAGAAGAAGGCAGAAGUCAUCGAGUUGGAAGUUCCCAUGACCGACUCCAUGCGAGAGAUCCAAACUGCAAUAAUGGAAUGUGUCGAGAUCAGCAUUCAUGAGCUCAAAAAGGAGAACACCGGGCUGGAAAUGGAAGACUGGAACCUGGACAGUGCUCUGACCAGAAACUUUGAUCGUAUGGUACGGAGACAGCUGGAGCCAAACUGGCAUAGAGUCAGCUGGAAAACCAAGCAGAUUGCUGGCGAUCUGACAGUUCUUCGUGGUAUGCUCCAGUCUAUCCUCGCCCUCGACGCCGUGUCAUUCUUGCAACAGCUGGACACCAUUCAUGCAGCACAUAAGCCUGCUCCUGGGACUACCAGGCAGACAGAGUCCCCAUGGCUGUUCUCUGACGCGGCUCAAACCAUCUUCGAGACUGCAAGACAACGAGUCUAUUCGAGCAAGCAAAAGGCGGGUCCAAACUCAACCAUCGAGUCACUGAAACCUGUCUUGGAAGAACAGCCAAAGUGGGCUGUCCUUGCAGAUGUCCUGGAGGAAAUUGACAGAGAUCUCUACUUUGAACCAGCUGUUCGCGAUGAUUCCAACGGGACCAUCCUGAUCAUGUGUGCAGACACAGACACGUGUCGUCAGCUACGCGACUAUCUACAAACAAUGCACAUCCGACCUCGAACGGCAAAGAAGGUGGAAGAGGUGUAUGACCCUGAAGAGGAUAAACCAUCGGGUGCCUUCCUGAUGAGGCGAAAGCUACGAAACUAUCUCAACUGGAAACGAGAAUUCGCCCAAGUCAACGCCACCCUCUUCUCCGAGAACCAAAAGGCCCUCAGUGGCGCCGUCGACCCACGACUCCCCCAGGCUAGAGGCCGAGGAGGAGCGCCAGCAAACAAACGGCGCCGAGUUCGCGGCGGUGGUGGUGGUGUCGGAAGCAACCCCAGCCGCCAUGAGAACGGCAGCAUCGUCCAACACUUUGAAAAGCCCAACGAAGUAGCCGACCUGAUGUCCGAGAUCCAAAUCACCGAAGACGACGCAGGCGGCCAAGCAGCCGAAGAAAUCAUCACCUUUGCCACGGCCGACCCGCUCGAGGACAUGGACGACUACUACCAACUCUACGACAUGCAAGAUCUAGUGGUUAUCCACGCCUACGAAGGCGACCAAGACGAGCACAUCCUGGAAGAGGUAAAGCCCAAAUACAUCAUCAUGUACGAGCCCGACGCCUCCUUCAUCCGGCGCGUCGAAGUCUACCGCUCCUCGCACAACGACCGCAACGUGCGCGUCUACUUUUUGUACUACGGCGGCUCCGUCGAAGAGCAGCGGUACCUCUCGUCGGUGCGUCGCGAGAAGGACGCCUUCACGAAACUCAUCAGAGAGCGGGCCUCCAUGUCCAUCGUCAUGACGACCGACUCCCACGGGGUCGAGGACCCCGAGUCCGCUUUUCUACGAACCAUCAACACCCGCAUCGCCGGCGGCGGCAAGCUCGCCAAAGCGACGGCCCAACCACCGCGCGUAGUCGUCGACGUGCGCGAGUUCCGCUCCUCCUUACCUUCCCUCUUGCACGGCCGCUCCAUGGUCAUCGUCCCCUGCAUGCUCACGGUAGGCGACUACAUCCUAUCUCCCAACAUCUGCGUCGAGCGCAAGUCCGUCUCGGAUCUGAUUUCCUCCUUUAAGGACGGCCGGCUGUACGCCCAAUGCGAGACCAUGUUCCAGCACUACAGGAACCCGAUGCUCUUGAUCGAGUUCGACCAGAACAAGUCCUUCACUCUGGAACCUUUUGCCGACUUGUCGGGUAGUUUGCGCAGCGUCAACCCCGAAAACGCGGGCGCCAACGACUUGCAGUCCAAAAUCGUGCUGCUCACGCUCGCGUUCCCGAAACUCCGCAUCAUCUGGUCGUCGUCCCCUUACGAGACGGCAGAAAUCUUUGAGCGGCUGAAAGCGCUCGAGGAAGAACCCGAUCCCGUCGCGGCUGUCAGGGCGGGGUUGGGGGAAGGAGAAAGUCCCGAGGAUGGGGUGAAUGAGGGGAAGGGGGCGGUGAAUGGGGGUAGUACGUUCAAUAUGGAGGCGCAGGAGAUGUUGGGUAAAGUCCCGGGCGUGACGCCGAAGAAUAUCAGGAGCAUUACUGCCGAGGCGGAGAAUGUGAGGGAGGUUGCGAAUAUGGAGGUGGAGGAGCUGGGGAGACUGGUGGGGAGGGAGGCGGCAGGGAAGAUUGUCGAGUUUUUCAAGAAGGAUGUUUUGGAGGAUUAUAGUGGGUGAUGAUGAAUAUGUAUGUUGAUGUGUGAAGAAAUCAAGGCCGUUUGGUAGAAAGAAAUGUAUUUUAAGACUUUGGUAUACAGUAAGCUAGAGUAGAGAAGACCGAUUUGCGCAGAAAGGCCUGCGGUCUAGGUUUAUUCAGGACAAUAGAAUCAAGCCAGUUAUGUGUUUUC